AUGCCUCUCAGAACAGUUCUACCGUCCCUCACAGGCACAAAAUGGGGGUUGGUUGUUGCCCUCACAGUUGUCACCCUUCCGUUACUGGCAGAAGGAGCAAAGAUAUGCUUCGAUGCGAUAGCGAUCAAAAGCGCAACCAAGUCAGAUCCGAGCUUGUUCAAAGACAACCUUCGCGUGGAGAGCUACACUACGCCCUCCGGACACACAUAUCGCAGGGUAAGGACCUUUUACCGCAAGCAUACUCAUACGGAGAAACUCCCUCGCGACCUACCUCUGCUGGUCUUCAUUCAUGGCAUGGGWGGCAGUAUGGCCCAGUUUGGACCACUUCUCAAUUCAUUGAUCAACGUGGCUCCCUGCCUGGCAAUUGAUUUGCCCGGCUGCGGGGCCUCCAGCUUCUCACCAAGAGAUAUCAAAGCCUACACCCCUGCCUGUCUAGCUGAACUUGUCCACGCAGCCAUAGAGCGCGUCCGCGCAAAAUACAUCAAUCAGCAGGUGGUCCUGAUCGGCCACAGUUAUGGUUGCUCGCUGGCCGCCUUACUAGCAUCUUCCAAAUCUCCUCUCGCCCAUCUCUGCUCCAAUCAUAUCAUUGGAAUGGUAGCCAUCUGUCCGAGAUCGACGCCUCUCGUCGAGACUGACAUCAAGAAGAUCAAAACCCUCAAUUGGAUACCGUCGCCGAUGUUCGCCGCAUGGCGAUUGCUGGAUCGUCGUGGAGGUGUCAAUAGCACAUCUGUCACGCGCAUGGCUGGCAAGAAUGCCGACCCGGAGACGAGGAGACUACAGCUCCGCUUCAAUCAGCAAUCUCGAACCCCGACUUGGAUGACUAUGACCCUCGCUAUGGCUGAACAGGAGCAGCGUGCGAACCACGAAGAUUCCAGCGGUAUCAGCAAGGGCAUCUGGGCGGAUAUCGAGCAGCCGAUCUUCAUCGUUGCUGCCAGAGACGAUGAUGUAACGAAACCCACGGAAGCCGAGCAACUCAACACGUGGCUGACUUCAAAGGGCCCCCAAGCAACAGUCAAACUGCUUGUCUUUGACUCGCCAGCAUCUCACUCCGUUCUGUUCUCACCUCGAACAAUUCGCUCCCUGUCUGGUCACAUUGAAACCUUUCUGGCCAGUGAAAAGGUCGAUCCUCGUUUGUGUCCCGGCUGGCAGCUUCAACAGCUUACCACAACCGCAAAAUGGGACGUGAAGAACCUUGAGAAGUGGAGUCGCGUUGAUCCUUGCUCCGCUCCCAUCGCCUGCAUUUUCCGUGCGAUGAAAACCAUGCGUCAAGGUGAUGAGAACCAUCGUCCAGAAGUCUUCAUUCGAAACUUUGGUGGAGAGGACGGCGUAAGGGCCGUGGUGGACAUUAGCCGCGACCAGCCAGUCUAUAACAAGGCCGACUUGGAAGAGGCAAACAUUGAGUAUCACAAAUUUCCAACCGUGAGCAAGAUCGUUCCCACAGACGACGACGUCAGUGGAUUCUGCGCCCUCAUCGAUCGUUUGCGGAAGGAUUUUGAUAUCGAUGGUCAGAGAGAAGGGCGCACCAUCGGCGUCCAUUGUCACUACGGCUUCAAUCGUACUGGCUUUCUCAUCAUCACCUAUCUCGUUUUGAGGUUGGGUUGGAAGGUGCAAGAUGCCAUUGCAGAGUUUGAGAGUAAGAGGCCGCCGGGUAUCAAGCAUCCGCACUUCAUCGAUGAUCUUUUCAUGAGAUACGGGCCGAAGUAG